AUGGUCGCCAAUAUCAAGGCCGUGGCGGUCAUCGGCGCUGGGCCGGCUGGAGCCAUCACGAUCGAUGCACUGGCGGAGGAGAAGAAAUUCGACGUGAUUCGAGUGUUUGAGAGGCGGGAGAAAGCGGGCGGAAUAUGGAUCGGCGACACCGAUAUACGUCCCAAGUUGGCUUCUCUUCGCCCGCUGUUGGAACAAACAGCCGAUCAGCCAGUCCCGAUCCCAUCCCAGCUCCCCACUAUCACACCUCAGGAGCCCCGAAUCAACAGUGCUGAACACCGCUAUACGUAUACGCCAGUCUACCCGGGCAUGAUCAGCAACAUCGAUGAGCGGAUCAUGGCCUACACCAAAGAGCCGUUUCCGCUACCCCGGGACCCAGUCACCAACCAACCGAUAGAUCAGAGAGCGCCGUUUCGAAACAGCGAGAUCGUGCGUGAAUGGGUCGAGAGCUUGUUCGAUCGCAAGGGGUACCGCCACCAGGUCGAGUACAAUACGUCGGUGGAGCGAGCAGUCAAGGAGGGCUCGAAAUGGGUCUUGACCCUGAGGAAAACCCUCCCCGGCGGCAAGCACAACUAUUGGUGGCAGGAGACCUUCGACGCCCUCGUCGUCGCCAGCGGCCACUACAGCAUCCCGCGCUUCUCUCCUGUCCCCGGACUGGCGGAAUUCGAGCAGAACCAUCCUGGGAGCGUUGAGCACAGCAAGAUCUACCGCGGACCGGAACGGUAUCGCGGGAAGACGGUCAUCACAGUCGGCGCUUCUGUGUCGGCAACCGACAUUACCAGAGCGAUUGUCAAGGUUGCAAAGUCGCCCGUGUACGCAUCAAUCCGAGAACCGCACCGGGUCUACGGCACCGUGCCAUUCGAACACCCACAAAUCUCGCUGAAGCCCACCAUCUCGCACGUGUCGACAUCUCCGAACAGUCGGACCGUCUUCUUCUCCGACGGCAGCAAGGUCGAGAACGUGGACCACAUCAUCUUUGGAACCGGCUACGACUUCAGCUUGCCGUUCCUCCCCUCGGUGAAAGUGGUCAAUCGCAGGAUCCCGGGCACCUACCAGCACAUCUUCAUGCAAGAUGAUCCCACUCUCGCAUUUGUCGGCGGGGUUUCGGCGGGCUUCACAUUCCUCGUCUUUGAGUGGCAGGCAGUGGUGGUGGCUAGGUUUUUGGCUGGACGCAUCACUCUUCCCUCGCGCGAGGUCCAGAAGAAAUGGGAGACCGACCGUCUGGCCAAACGGGGCGACGGUCAGCCAUUCUUCAAAGUCGCCCCGGAUUUUGAAGAAUACUUUGAAGAUCUCCGCAAGUUGGCUGGCGAUCCGGCCCCUGGCACGCCGGGAAGACGACUCAUCAGGUGGAACCCGGCUUGGUUGGGCAUUGCCGAGCAGACCAUGCAAGAGAGGAUUGAAAAAUGGCGCCAGAUCGCAAAGGAAACCGAAGACCAGCUGAAGGCUGAGGCUGAGGCUGAGGCUGACCGCCAGAAACGGCCGACAUUGGCUAGGCUGUGA